UUUUUUUUUUUUUUUCUUCCUUUUUUUUUUUGCGUUUUAUUCAAUCUUUCCCCCCGUGUUGCGGUCAAGAUUUGGGAAGUCUUUCUGCUGUAAUGUCCAUGCAGACAUACUCGUGCUGUGUUUCUAUUCAUUGAUUGAUUGAUUGAUCCGAUGCGAUGUUCUUGUUCUGUUCAUUCUCCUUGUUUCUGUUACUUCACUUCUUGCAGUUUUUCCACCCGUCGUCCGAACUACAGAGGACCUAGGCGAGGUUGUAUUUUGAGGGUUUGCCUUUUAUCCUUUUUUUUUUCUUCUUCUUCUUUCCCGCUUGGAUGCGUCGUGUUUCUGAAAGAUACAGAGAAACCACCAGACCGACAGGAUGGGAGAGCAUCGAACAGAUGCUUGAUUGAUAUUGACAUAUUAGAAAUAGCGGGCUACCCUAGGAUAGUACCCAUAGGAUAGGAAUGAUACCAUUUGCUUGGUUUCUGUA